AUGCUAUUUCGUGUGACCGAUAGGCUGACAUUAUACUAUAUCACACCGUCUCUCCGCCCCACCCGUGCUGAUGGGGGGGCUGCGCAGCGCCCGUGGCAGCCCGGCGCGGUGGCAGCGCGGCCGCGAGGUGGCAGAGCCGCCCCGCCCGCCGCCCAGCGCGCCUCGGCGGCGGCACUGGGAGCACUGGUUUGGGGGCGCUGGCAGGCCGUGGAGGGGUUUCGCCGCUGCGGUGGAGUGUGCGUGUCCUUGGGCGGCGUGGGGACAACCCGAGGCGGCGGGGCUGGCGGUACCGGCGUGAGCACGGCUGUGCCGGGGCAGGGGCUGAAGGCGAGCUGCGCGCCGCUUCCCUCCCAGGCGGUGCUGCUCGGGGCUGGGGGUGAAGAGCACGGCUCCGGGGGUCCUCGGGACACCCCGUCCCCCUCGCCGACCCGCGCAAAUCUCCAGCGGUUUGACACACGCGUGCUCUCUAGAAGCACAGCCCCCCCUGGAAGAGGUUUUGGGGAGAACCAACCUGUGUGGGUUGACCCUGACCUAAGGCUCGGUCUGGGGACGGAGACGUCGCAGCUCUGUGCCUCAGUUUCCCCAUGGCUUGCUCUGAUGCUGUGCUGUUACGUGAUGCUGAUGGGGUGUCAGAGGGGAAUUCGGGAGCUCCCGGCUGCAGCCCUCAGGGACUGGCACCGUGCUCCCUCCAUGGGAGAGCUCAGCCCACGGUGCCACGCUGCCCACCCUUCACCCACUGCCAGCAGCGGAGCGUGGAGGCACCCGCCGGUGCAGCAGCCUGGCGUCGUCCCGGCUGCCCUGGGCACCUGCCGCUUCCCACAUCAAAGGUGCAAUGGCCUGACUGGCGAGCGCUGGCAUGCUGGCUCCUGCGCCCUGCCUGGCAGGGAGGCGGCAGGCUUGGCCACCCACGGGCUCCCCACAGGACGCGCUUUGGUGACUGGGUGUGGGUUCCCGCAGUGCUGCCCUGCGGCUGUGGCUGCAGACUGGGCAGGGGGGGGGCAGAGGUGGCGUGUCCUCACUGAAGCUUGCACCGUGUGGGGAGGGAUGAGGUGGGUGCCGGGCAGGUGGGGACAGGCCCCAGAUGCUGCUGUGCACCCCACACGUGGGUCCAGGUGCCUGGUUUGGGGCAGAGCUGUCUGUGGGGCUCACCCUCUUUUGUACCUGCAGGGUCCUGGGACUUUUUAUCUGUGGGGAGGCUGGGGGCUUGCUACCUCCUCCCAGGUGCCAUUGAAAGCCCCAAGCAAAUGCUCACCCACAUGAAACCUGGGAGGGGACGGCAGCACCGGAGAUGGGGACAUAGCCUGGGGAUGCUCCCAGCCUGGGGAAAGGCCGAUGGGCUCCUCAGGAAGGGAAAGCGGGCAGGGUGUGGGGACGAGGGCCGCUGCGCAGGGGCUGUGUUUCUGAGGGUCCCCUGCCCAGCCCCAGCCCUGCAGCAGCAGGGCUUACACCUCCAGCUCGCUGCUGAUGGCUCCUCCGGAUUUUUCCGUUCCUAAUCAAAUCACAUCAGGUCGGAUUUCCCUCCCGAGUUGCCUUCCUGCGAGCUCAGUGGGGCGCAGAUGCAAUCAGCCCUGCGCCAGUGCAGGCAACAGCAGGAGUCAGUGGCUCGAGCAGGUCCUGCUCUGUAGCCCACAGGUGCCUGGGACCCUUUGGAGGGUGAAAGGUGACAGCGGGACAAGGAGCGCUGAGAAAUUGCUGCUGCCUGUGCCCUGAUCUGCCCGCUGGAAGGAGACCUGUGGCGGGCAGGACUUGAUAGGCAGCUUAUAAAACUGGUUGGGCUUUCUCUGUCCCACUCAUCAGGACUCUGGAUUUCAUGUGCUCUGAAACAACAGCUCCCCUUUCCCUCCCUCCAGCCACCGCCGGUGCUGCCUGUGUGUCAGUGCUGGCCAGAAGCUCUUUGCCCUGCCUGCAGCCAGCAUGGGGGUGCAGGCUGUUGCGAGGUGUCCUAGACCCCCGCUGCCUCCCCUGGGUCCCCGCUCUACCCAUCAAAUGUCCGACUACCAGCGCUUGCUAGGGCUGACAGGCAUGAAGGGCAAGGUGAAAGAGCCCACGCACAUCCCACCGGGAGAUGUACAUGAGCCACACACCAGUGCUCUGCGGGAGGUGGCAGCACACCGGGGACACGCUGCUUGUGUCAGGCACCGGCUGCCUGCCCCCUGCCAGAUAACGCGGUUGUGCUCCAGGCUGGUUCAGCCGAGGCACCAAGAGGCUCCUCUGAAUGGUGCUGAGGCGGCCAGCACCAGCACCCUGCUCAGCGGCUGUGGCACUGGUGCCCUGCCUACCCUGAGGUCCUGGCGGCGGCUGGAGCGUGCUGUGGGUGUCCCUGCUAGGAAGAGGGAAAUUAGCUGUGCAGCUCCUCCGGUCUUUGGACCCAAAGGGCUGAGCUGGGCUCUGCAGUACCCACCAGUCCUGCUGCCAACCUCGACGGCCGUGGGACCUUCCCCAUGGGGUCUGUCCUCAGGACAUGGCCUAGUACUUGGCUGCAGGACACGGGGCACCGACAUCCCUCUCUUCUCCCAUGAUUUCACCCAAACUUGUUCCACCUGCUGCUGCCCGGAGCCUGGAAGUGCCCCCUUGGAGUCACUGGAGGGUACGGGGCUCUUCCAGCCUAAACACGAAGGGGAAUAAAGGGCAAAAGUGUGCCUUUAAAUAGCCUGGCAAGGACAGGUUCUCCCGGGAGGAAUGCUCUGGCUGGCCUGGCGGAACAUGCUCGUGGCAGGGGGCAUGGGGGGUCAGCUGGGCAGCGAUGGCUCCUCGCCAGGAGGUCGGGUCAAGGUUAGGCAUCACCCCGGCCGGGCGCCGCUGUGCCGUGUCUCGGCACUGUGGGAGCAGAGCCAUGCAAGGGGGAGGGAAAUGCAUGCCAGGCCGGGGUCUUGCCGUGCCCGGGGCUGAUCGGCAAGGUGGCAGCGGAGCCGGGCAGGCGCUGCUGACUGCAACCUGCCUGCCGACCCGCAAGAGGUUUGGCACCAGCACAGCCUGGCUGCCGGAGCAGCCUGCCGGGCAGCUCGGGUUGUCCAGGAGCGGCUGCUGCACUCCCGUCCGGGCUGAUUCAUAUCCUGGACGUGCAGGCAUUUGGAUAGUGUCCACCCGUGGGGUGUGACAGCGCACAGCCGUGUCCCCAGAGUGCAGGGCGCCAGCCCGGCCACAUGCCGGAGAGCAGGAUGGUGGCAGGUCAGACUCCGCUCUCCCCUGCUUUGCGGGGACACGGCGGUAGCUGCGGGCAGGGUGGGGAGCCGCAAAGCACAUCUCCAGAUGGAGACACCUGGAUCGCGGGGAGGAUGGCUGCGUGCCCAGGUGUCGAUGUGCCCGCUGGCUCUUGCUGGGGCACCCGGGCGGCAGGGAGGCGCGAGAGGAAAGCAGCUGCCAGGGAAGCCCCAAGCCCAGGCUCCCAAACCCAGACCCGUCCUCUCACCGCGGGGUGCCAGGAGGGGAGUACGGGUGCAGCAGGGCUGCGGUGGGCAGGGAAGGAGGGGAGCAGGGGAACCCAGCGGGAGCAGGGUGGCUGCCCUGGGCUGAAGGGCACAGCCAGCCCCAGCGGAGCUGUGCCUGCAGGCAUGGUGCUUGAGUUCACCACCACUGCCGGGCUGAGCUGGCUCCGAGCAGAGCCAGGCUGCCGGCUGCACUGUUCCCAGGCGCCCGCCCGUGUGUGGGAGCAGGGUGGCCCACAAGAAGCAGCCUCGGCACCCUGGUCCCCUGCCGCCCACGCUGGUUCCGCUCGCCAUGCUGCCAGCCGUGAUCAGCAUGGUGCUGCGUGGCCUGAGGGAGGGCUGAGCCCCACGGAGAGUGGCCCUGGGGCUGCGAGACAGGAGCGGAGGUGUGAGCAGCAGCGCUCGCUCCAGGCUUGCGCAGCCAGCACCUGAAUUGUCUAAUAAAGUGUGAAAUUGCUUUCAUGCUCUGCUA